AUGCUGGACGAUUCCUCUACAAAGACAGAAUCCUUUUCAAAAAGAUCCACUCCAGAAGUUGGUGCUGGAGUGCAACAAAAAAAGAUUCCUUCAGUUAAUACUGAGCAAGCCAAUUUUGUGGCUGCUGGUUUGGACAAGAAGACUGCCCGUGUGGUGAACGGGUUAGGGUCGUUGAUGGGGACCAAGAAGAUGGUGGAUGUGCAAAAUUCCAACAGCAAGGUCGAUAUUCAUAUUUCUGAACAACCUUGGACUUUGAACAAUUGGUAUUUGAAAUUGAACUGGUUGAAUUUUGUUCUUGUGGUUUUAAUUCCUGCUGCUGGGUUCUACGUGGCUUUUAAGCAAUGGAUUCCUAUCAAGAGAGAGACUGUCUUGUUUGCCUUGUUCUAUUAUGUGUAUGCCGGUAUUACCAUUACUGCGGGUUAUCACAGAUUAUGGGCUCAUCGUGCUUAUUCGGCUCGUUGGCCAUUGCGUUUAUUUUUCGCCUUUUUCGGGUCUGCUAACGUAGAAGGGUCUAUUAAAUGGUGGGGCCAUUCUCACAGAAUUCAUCACCGUUAUACUGAUACCAAUAAGGAUCCAUAUGACGCUAGAAAAGGGUUAUGGUAUUCACACAUGGGUUGGAUGUUGGUGAAGCCAAAUCCAAAAUACAAGGCUAGAGCCGAUAUCAGUGAUUUAUUAGAAGAUCCAAUUGUUGUUUUCCAACACAAGCAUUAUAUCCCAUUGAUGUUUCUUUCCGGGUUUAUUUUGCCAUGUUUGGUGUGUGGUUAUUUUUUCGAUGAUUACAAAGGUGGUUUCUUGUACGCAGGCAUUAUCCGUAUCUUUUUAAUUCAACAAGCUACCUUCUGUAUCAAUUCUUUGGCUCAUUAUUUGGGUGCUCAACCGUUUGACAAUAGAAGAACUCCAAGAGACAAUUGGAUCACUGCUUUGGUCACAUUUGGUGAAGGUUAUCACAAUUUCCAUCACGAAUUCCCAUCAGAUUAUAGAAACGCCAUUAAAUGGUACCAAUAUGACCCAACUAAGAUUUUCAUCUUUGUCUCUUACAUCUUCGGUCUAUCGUACAAUUUACAAAAAUUCUCCAAUAACGCCAUUCAAAUCGGUAUCAUUCAACAAAAGAUUAAACAAAUUAAUAAAGAUAAAGCAGCUUUGAAUUGGGGUCCAAGAUUGAUCGAUUUGCCUAUUUGGAAAGUCCAAGAUUUCGUUGACAAUUUGGAAACUAAUCCAAACUUGAUUGUUGUUUCAGGUAUUGUUCAUGAUAUUACCAAUUACAUCGAUAGACACCCAGGUGGUCAAAAGUUGAUUAAAGAAGCUAGAGGUAAAGAUGCUACUAGUGUCUUUAACGGUGGUGUAUACAACCAUUCCAACGCAGCUAACAAUGUCUUGGCUACAAUGAGAGUUGCUAUGUUGGAAGACAAUUUACCACAAGCUUUCAAAUUUGCAAAGAGAAGAGGUGAAGUUUAUGAUGAGGGCAAGUUUAUGAAGAAUUUAUAA